CGCAUGUAGAGCUGCUGAGCGGACCGGAGCCUCAGUGGUGAUCAGCUGUGUGAGAGGCGACAGCGACUUCUCUCUCCUCCUAACCGUAACAAUUUCAGCUGGAUUUUAAACUGAGAACAGAGAAGAGAGAGAGAAAAAAACCCACAUCUUUUUAGACGUGCGUCCACCUGAUGUGAAGAGAAAGAAGAGAAAGGAGAGCAGAUAAACCAGAAGAGAAAUGGGAGCGUUCAGGCUGCUGCUGGGGACUUUACAUUACGUUGGACUCUGCAUGCAACUUAGUGCCUCCACCAGGCGAGCUGGACACGGAGACACGGAGAACCACAUCUCUGGGAACGCCAUGUUCACAGAGGUGCCUCAUGAUAUGACCGCCCAGAGAGGUCAGGAUGUGGAGAUGGCCUGUUCCUUCAGAGGGGCCGGAAAACCUUCCUACUCACUGGAGAUCCAGUGGUGGUACAUCAGGAACCAUCUUGACUGGAUGGACCGACAGCCCUGGACAACUAAUGAAGUGGCUCCUGAGGAGGAGAUGCCAAAGGAUGCUACUAAGAUAAGUGUUGUUAAAGUCGUAGGAAGCAACAUCUCUCAUAAACUCCGCCUCUCCCGAGUCAAGCCGUCUGAUGAGGGCACCUACGAGUGCCGCGUCAUUGACUACAGUGAUUACGCUGGGGCACGUCACCACCACGUCAGAGCCUACCUACAGGUGGUGCCAGAGAGUGACGUCGUCAGCAGCAACCACAACGACAACUUCGAGGCUGUGGAUGACACCAAGAGGGGAGUGGGAUUCGUCGACGAUGACGAGGUGGAGCCUCAUGGUGGCGCCAAAGAGCACAGCCACCACCAGAACCAUGGGCACCACCAGGAGCACGGCAAGCGGCCUUCAUCACCCACCCACCAUGGCCACAGCCACGGCGGCAGCAGUCAGCAGCACAAGGCUGGCAGGGAGCUGAGGAAGAGGCACAUGGACAGUAACCACAGCCACAAUGACUGUAUCAACGAGCCGAGCUGUGCGCCAUGAGUGAUAGGUUACACAAGGAUUACAUAACACGAUGCGUGUCACAGCAUUAAAAAGCUAUUCUUCCCACACAGUGCAGGCCUGCACACAAAUACAGAACCCCUGGAAAUGUACAGUAUUAAGAGCACAGUGCUGUAAACUGUGCAGGAAACGUAGCUUUUUGUUGCUGUGCAUGGGUCAAGGUUGGACUGCUCACUGUCUGUAAAGCCUGGCUUCACGACAUUCAGCAAUGGGGGCUGGGGUGUAGAUCUAGGCAGCUCCACUGUUUGUGGUUUCGGGCACCAAAAAAAAAAAAAAAAAAGAAAAAAAAAGAAAGAAAAAAACCCUCCCAAAAACAAAGACUCUUGUCUUACUAUUAACCCGCGCUCUGCUCCUUCUUGUACUUUAGAUACUGUAAAUGACACAAUCUGCUUUGACGCCCAUACUUCUUCCACUGCCUUACUCUUGUCGUUUCAUACACCCUCAGAAUAAUACACCUUUUUUUGUAACUGGGUCUGUCCCCAGUAAAGAAAAAACGUGUUCCUUUCAUUCUGAGAGUGCACUGAAUGAAACACAGCUGAAUUCUUUCCGUGACUUCUUAGCUUUAAAGCACUAAAUUCAUCACAUAUUUUUUGUGUAUUCAAUAAUGGUCAUGAAAAUGGUGCAAAAGUUGUAUACACCCUAAUAUUCAGCAAGUUAUUUCUCCCUGUGUUUGCUCAGAUAGAAACAUGCUUUCUCCAGCUGGAAUUCAUCCAUGUCCCAGAGUGGCAGGGCUCAUCAAGGACAGAUGCGGUCGCAAUUCAUUUCAGUCCGAGUAAAUACAGUGGUAAUGUAGAAAGUGUGGGAUUUCAACUCAAAGAACAUUCACAGGCUGUACUUUCUCCACAAUAUGUUUGAGUUCAUGAAUUUGCAGUCCAUCAGAAAAUAUGAUUUUUGUUCACCCUGCCUUGUGCUGCAGGUUCAAUCAUUCAUGGCCAUUCAGGUUUAGAGAAAUCAAUGGAAUUGUUCCAUGUGGACUUUACCCAUUUGGAAACCCAUGAAAAGACCCAAUCCACGCCACUAAAUUAACAAUCUGAUUUGGUGUGCCUCUGAAUCCUGACGAUAAAUAAAUACAAGAAAUGUGAUCUUGCUACAAGAUACUGUCAAUGAAGAGCAGGGCUGUGUUCCUGACUACGAUGUUUGCUCAUCAAUUAUUCAAAAAGCCUCAAUCCUCCCCACAACAAGCCUCUAAUCCACUCUCUGUAUAUAUGACUGUAUAAUAUGAAAUAAAGUUAGUGCAUGUUCAGUAAUUUUUUCAACAAACUUUUUCAACCAACCAUACACAAAGACAGUGUGUUAGUUCAGGAUAUUUUUUGUCAUUUAUUAAGUUGAUUCAUUAAAAAUAUUGUCUGUUCCUUCUGAAUCUUUUUCUACUUUAGAAAUCUUGUCAACUAGAUCUAUUUUUUUCUGUUGUUUUAUUGCCCUCCAAAAGUGCUGUACAGACAGAUGAAUGACACAUUCUCUUCAUAGCUGCUCAGAAAAGGGGUUUCCUUAAUGUAUCUUAGUACUUACGCAGUGUUUCUACUGUAUGUGCAGGACUGUAAACAUGAGUGUUACUAUAUUUUAAUGAGCCUGAACAUGCGUGCAACUUGGGUGGAAAAGGCCUGGGAGGGCAUUUUCCUCCUGCCGUUAACGAUGGAAAGAACUCAAUGAUAAUCUCUUUGCUUAGACGCUUAUGUGAAGCUCAAGCCCUGUCUGUUACGGUGAUGGAGGCAUUCUGGGUAAUCGUUCACUCUGAAGGGAUCAAUUAGGACAAAAUGAAUGUGGGUAACAUACUGGAUAAAGCCUUGAGCAGUGAGGGUGAGAAGUAAAGGCUGUUAGUGAAACACUGAAAUUGACUGUCCAUUCUGCCUCAAAAUAUAGUCUUGCGUCUCAAGACCACGAGCAGUUCUCCUUUGCUCCACAGAAACAACAGCGCUUCUGUUAUUGUGGGUUGCAGGAGCAGUGAUCGGUGGGAUUGUUUUUUUUUUUUCAGCCAGUAACUUUGAUUUAAUGUUUUGUAAAGAGAUCACUGUUGAAAAAAGAGGGAAAAUGUACAUUUCUUCUAGAAUGUUUGGUCUCACACUAAGUGUAUGCCUUUAUCAAAUGAAAUAAAUUGUAUAUGAAACAACA